GAGAGAGAGAGAGAGAGAGAGAGAGAGAGAGAGAGGUCCAUUGCAUAGGGAGGUAUAGGGUAGAUUUACAUCCCUCACAGCACACGUGUCACUAUAAAUCAACAGUUGUAACCGUCCAUCUAGCUCCACCUAAUGUAGAUAAAAUAUGGUUCAAAUACGCAUAAAUAAAACAAUCCCACCCGUCCGAUCAGCAUCCAUCAAAUCCAAAUUAGAAAACAAAACAAGCCAACGAUAGAAAUUCACUGCAAAAAAUCAAAGCCUCUAACCGUAAGAUGGGCAUAAUUCUAUUCCCGUACUCCAUCCAUGAUACAACACACCAAACAGACGGUCCCGAUUCACAAAUAAAAUUGCCACGUGUACUCCAAAUCUACGAACUGUACUACACUAUAAUCUCCAAAGGCAAUAUGCAUGCAAUGCAUGCAUGGUGUUCCUCCUUCCUCAGCCACAUUCAAAACCGAAAAUCGCCAGGUUUCAGCCUCUCUCACCUCCGACUGGUGAGAUGGGCAUCCACCAACCGCCUCUCUCCCGCCACCUGUCAUCUUCUGUCGGCGUCGGCACGCCUAUUCGUCGUAUUCGCCCUCUUCUUCUUCUUCUACCUCACCACCACCCACAACAACAACCACAACGAAAAUCCCAAAGCCUAUAAUAACCCCCUCCUCUCUUCUCACUCUCACACCCUCCUCAAUGGCUACAGGCAAAAUCACCCUCAACCAAGACGUCGAAAACAACAUGGAGUUGGAUUUUCAACUCCACCACCCUUUCAUCUCACCUCCUCCUUUCCACCACCUUCAAAAUCUCCCACAACAACAACCACAACAACCACAGAACUCUCAGUUCUAUCCAGUUCUACCAGCAGACUACCAUUCCAUAUUUCCAGUCUUUCCUAUACUCGUUGAACCCUUUCCCAUGGAUUUAAAUUUCUUCGAUGGGUUCUUUCCAGACAUCGGCGCCGGACUGGUUCAAGAACCGGUAACCGUUUUACCUCCAUCGGUAGCCGUUAUGUCUCCACCGCCGGUUUUGGUGCAGCCGCCGCGACAAUGCGCAGCGCCGUCGGUUACAAGGGCGGCGAGAAACAAGAGAAAGGUUGUCAGGCAGAGGGGCUCCGGGUCUUCCAGAGCCGGGUCUUACGUGAACCCGACUGUCCAGAAUCCACCUCCUACUGUGUCAUUUGAUGAAGCUGAUGGAGGAGAAUUCAUCACACACCCCUUUGAUGCUAACAGAAAGCUGAAAUUUGUGUUGCAGAAGGAGCUUAGAAAGAGUGAUGUUAAUUCUCUUGGAAGGAUUGUUCUCCCUAAGCUGGAGUAUCGGAUCCAUGACAAGAGGAAUUGUACGAGAGAUGUCGAGGAAAAUCUACCGUACCUUUCAUUCAAGGAGGGUAUCCAUCUGACUGCCCUGGAUUUGUUUUCUCAUGACACAUGGUUCGUGAGAUACAGGUUUUGGCCAAACAAUGGGAGCAGGAUGUAUGUGUUAGAGAACACAGCUGAAUUUGUAGAGCAAAAUGAUCUGAGAAUCGGGGACAUGGUCACCAUCUAUCAAGAUGAAUCGAGGCAGCUGUAUAUUUUGGGCACAAAGGUGGAAAAUCCACAAGCUCUUCCUCCUAUCAUGGAGCCGAGAACCAGGAAGAGAGAGAGAGAGCAAGAACAGAUGGUGACCCAAGUGGGAAUGAUGGUGAAUGACAAGUCCAAGCCCAAGACAUACACUGUUGGAGAGUCCUCUUCAAACAACACAGCCACCAUUGCUGCCACCACUCCUGCCGAGAUGUCGUUAUCGGUCACCAAAUGUUCAUCACCCAAUAAUAAUGACACAAUGGGGGAAGAAUUUCUCUUCUUAAACAACUCACCUUUGGUCGAUCUCGAUGAGUUCGAUUUUUCCCAGCUCGAGUGCCUCACUGGCUUCGACGACUAUGAUUUGACCAUGUAUGAUGAUUUUUUCGAUGAACAGAAAAUCGAAAACAGUGGGAAAAAUGUGGUUGAGAAUCCAGCUCUGUAGUCGAGCCGUUUAGCGCCUUGGGCUGGGCUCAAAUCCGGUGAGGCAGAGGAGGUGAGAAAUGCCAUGGAGGGAGUUUAAAUAAACAAACUUUCAUCCCUUUCUUUGCUUCAGAAACUUAGUACUCCUAUAUUUGAAGUAAUAUAAUUAAUUUGCAUGCAAGUAAGCUUUUGUUAGCAAACAAUGUUAUAAAUAGUAGAGAUGAACUACUUCUCUAUUAACAUUG